AUGGAAAAAAAGUUAGAUAAACUAGAUGUUCUGGAGCAAAAAGUAAAUAAUUUUGAAAAAGAAAUAAACAAAGUGUGGACAAAUAUCCAAGACCAAAAUAAAAAAAUUGAAGAAAGAUUCAUGGUAGUUGAAGAAAAGGCAGAAAGUUCCGAUUUCAAUUUAGGCCUAACGAAUGAUAAAUUAAUUACAAUGCAAAGAGAGAAUAAUGCUCUAAAAGAUGAUAUUGUCUAUUUACAAUCGCAGUCAAUGCGGAAUAACCUUGUAUUUGCGAACAUCGACGAAAGCCCGUCAGGGGUGCUGGAAAAUACGGAACAAAAGUUAAGAGAAUUUUUGGAGCAAAAUAUGAAGAUAGCUAAAGAGCAGGUGGAGAGAAUGGCGUUUGAGCGAGUACAUCGGAUGGGGAAUAAAAUACCAGGUAGAACAAGAAAUAUCGUUGCGAAAUUUACACUAUUCAAAGAAAGAGAAUUAGUUCGAAAACAAUGGAAAACAUUAGAUAAAACCAAAUAUUAUGUUCAUGAACAAUUCCCCAAGGAAAUUAUUGCAAAGAGGCGAGAAUUGGUGCCAAAGAUGAAGGAAGCGAAGCGGAACGGUCAUAAUGCUUGGAUCUCAUAUGAUACUUUAUAUGUAAACGGAAAGGCGCAGCGCGAUGAACGAAGCUAG